CUGGGGUCUGCAGUGGCACCUGUAGCGCCAGGCUCUCCGCGCCCAGAGCCCAUGUUUUGAAUCACUUCAGUGCCUCCACCUUGCCACAGGCUCUUUAAUGUGCACCUGCUGUGUGCAGAGUCCAGGCAUAGGCUGUCUGGCCCUCAAAGCUUUCUGAGGGUGACCCUGUUUGCAGCAAGCAUGUCGGAAGGCGAGGAGGAGACUCAGGUCACCAGACCCAGCUUAUGGGAGCAAGACCAGCAGAGCGUCGUGCAGCGAGUGGCGGCGCUGCCCCUGGUCAGGACCACAUGUGCCGCGGUCUCAGAUGUGUACAGCGCCGCCAAGGACAAGCACCCGCUGCUGGGCUCGGCCUGCCGCCUGGCUGAGCACUGCAUGUGCGGCCUGACCACCCGAGCCCUGGACCACGCCCAGCCGCUGCUCAGCCACCUGCAGCCCCAGCUGGCCACAGUGAAUGACCUUGCCUGUAGAGGCCUGGACAAGCUGGAGCAGAAACUGCCAAUUCUCCAGCAACCUUCUGAAAUGGUGGUGACCUCUGCCAAGGACGCGGUAGCCAGCAGCGUGACAGGUGUGGCAGGCCUGGCUCGGCAGAGCCGCCGCUGGAGUGUGGAGCUGAAACGCUCCGUGAGUCAUGCUGUGGACGUCGUGCUGGGCAAGUCAGAGGAGCUGGUCGACCACUUCCUGCCCAUGACUGAGGAUGAGCUCGCGGCGCUGGCGGCUGAAGCCGAGGGCCCGGAGGUGGGCUCGGUGGAGGAACAGAGGAAACAGCAGGGCUAUUUUGUGCGCUUGGGCUCCCUGUCAGCGCGGCUCCGCCACCGGGCCUAUGAGCACUCUCUGGGGAAACUGAGGCAACGGAAACACCACGCCCAGGACACAAUGGCCCAGCUGCAGGAGGCCCUGGAGCUGAUCGACCUCAUGCAGUGCGGGGCGACCCCCACUGCCCCAGCCCACCCUGGGAAGGUGCAUGAGCUGUGGGAAGUCUGGAGCCAGCGCCCCCCCAAGAACGGCCGGAACCGCAGACAGGCAGAGCUGGAGACAUUGGUGUUGUCCCGCAGUCUGAUGCGGGAGCUACAGAGCACCGUGGACGUGCUGGAGUCCAGCGUGCGGGGCUUGCCCCCCAGUGCCCAGGAGAAGGUGGCCGAGGUGCGGCGCAGCGUGGAUGCCCUGCAGGUGGCCUUCGCUGAUGCCCGCUGCUUCAGAGACGUGCCCGCAGCGGCUCUGGCUGAAGGCCGGGGCAGCAUGGCCCGGGCCCACGCCUGCGUGGACGAGCUGCUGGAGCUGGUGGUGCAGGCCAUGCCUCUGCCCUGGCUCGUCGGGCCCUUCUCGCCUAUCCUCAUGGAGCGGUCGGCGACACCCCCAAACCUGGCAGCCUGGGUGGAUGAGGUGGUUGGAGGCCCAGACCCCCGCUGGGCACAUCUGGACUGGCCAGGCCAGCAGAGAGCCUGGGAGGCCCAGCAUGGGGGGGAUGGGACGAGUCUUCCUGAGGACACUCCUGAGGAGGAGCCCGAACCACCCCGCCCCAAGCACACCCUGAUGCCAGAGCUGGACUUCUGACCACAAGGGGCCACCAGCAGAGCUGCCUUGCACCUCAGGAUCUCUGAGCCCCCUAGUGGCAGUGCGUAAGCACUGAUAGCCCAGGCACUGAGCAGGGGACUUGGGGACUCUGCUGAUCUGAGAUCCUCCCCCCAUCUUUGGACAUAUGGGGACCUGAACCCAAACUCAAUCUGACUAGUCCAGAGGUGGGUUCAUCUCUCUGGGGUCCUAUUCCCCUACCCCAAGACACUGAUCAGAACUCCCCUGCAAAACACACAUUUGCCCACUGGUUCCUGAAAAGUGAGUGCCCACCACCUCUUCUGCCUGUACAUCUGGACUAAGGGUCCCCAAAGACACCUGACUGUACCAGUUUGGCUGCCAGAACUACUUGCUUUGUCGUUUGGGUUCUCUCAAAAAUAAAGGUGCUUCGUAUUGUCCAAAGGCCCAUGGCCUCUGUUCCAUCCCGGGUGGGUCUCAGCUGUAUGUACUGAAUGGUACAAGCCAGGGUUCGAGGUUUGAAAGAAACGAUGCUUCUCUGAUCAGCUUGUCAUCCUGCCUAGGUUCCACCGUAGCACUCAGUCCCCCUGAUAAGCAUUGCUUCUUCAGACGUAACUUCCUGCAGUGGAAGCUGUUCACACUUUAGUAUAAAUGAAUUUCUUGGAACUUGUAUGGAGUAGUAUAAGAAGGAGGAAGAAGUCAGACAGGGCAAUCCCUCCUAUGCCCACAUCACUGCAGACUGGCCUUGCUAUGGUUUCUCCAGCUGUACUGGUCAGGAUGGGGAAGACAGAGGCGGGCAAAGGCCAUGGGCUGGUCUCAUGGGAGCCCUCUUGUCCUCUGACUACA